ACUAUGCAACAAAAAUGAAAGAAUGUGGGCUGGUAAAUGCGGUGUCAUGUGCGUUCGAGCGUGCGAUCGUGCGUUCGCAUGCCAUAUGUUUGUGCGUGUGAAACGCGGGGAUGCUGAGCUCCGACCAGUUCCACAGCAGAUUCAUUUUCUUUUAGGCAUACAGCCAAUUCGCUCCUUUCAAGCGCGAAACGCCAAUGCUUUUUUGCAUUGUCUAUGUUGCAUCUACGACCCGGUUGUAUCGAACGAGCUAACCAUUCCUCUCUAAAGUUCCAGCUUCACUAUCCUGUGCUCAUGGACGCGCCUCAUCUGGACGCCUUGUCAAGCAUCCGCGCAACGCAUCUUUGUCACGAUAGGGUCUGUCGCAGAAGAGUACGUAUCCUGCUAUGGGUAAGCGCCCUCGCCAUUAUACUCUGCUGCAGUCUUCUGCCAGAGCAGGAGCAGAGCAGAAACCUUGUCGGACAGCCGGAAACAGUUCACAUCCUCAUGUUCUUCGCUAAAGCUGAGAAGAAUGACCAGCUUCAACAGCAACUUAGAGCCAACAUUAGGUCUAUGGUGAAGUAUGCAACCGGUCGGAUCAAGUACCAUUUCCUGGGCGACGCGAACAGCACCCGGAUCGCAGCCGACAUCCUGGAAAACGUGUUCGAUACAAUUCCGCACAGAGAGGAUCUAAGCAUACAUGUAUUAGAAACACGUAAAAUACCUGCGCUAGAUAAGAUUGUCUAUGCAUUCCUAAUUGCAUCAUGCAUUCCUAACCUGUGCGACGUCCGCGGAUACCGGCUCACAUAUGUCAAAACUACCAUUUGGCACACAUUUAUUCGAACUGGUAAUUCGAACUGCUAA